AUGACGGAUAACAAGAGAGUUGCUGAGGAUACGGUGGAGGUUGGCUCUGAGUAUCAGGGAAACGAGAGACCCAAUCGAAUUUUUGGCGAUAAGCAGUUCUUCUCGUGGUUCAAUCCCAACGAUGGGCCGCUCGAGAGACGGCUCAUCACAAAGUUGGACUUCUUUAUUCUCGCGUAUGCUUUCAUUGGUUUCUGGGUACUAUACAUUGACAGAGGAAUCCUUAGCAAUGCAUACGUCAGUGGAAUGCGGGAAGACCUACAGCUCUUUGAGAACCAGUUGGUGCAGCUUGGCUCCAUCUUCAGCGUCGGUUACUGCGUCCAGAACCUGAUAAUAUAUGUGAUAAGGUCCAUGGUUCCUGCAACGCUCUUAGUCACGAGAUAUCCAGCGCAAUACGUUAUCCCAACGUGCAUGUGUCUUUGGGGAAUAUUUACCUUGCUGUGUUUCCAAGCACAUAGCUUCUCCGAGCUUGCAGGAUAUCGCUUUGUUAUUGGUCUUUUUCAGGGACCCUACUUCUGUUCAAUCCAUUACGUCCUUGGCAGUUGGUAUCGAGCGGAUGAACUGGUUCGUCGGGCUGGAAUAUUCUACAUAUCUUCAGGCCUCGGAACCAUGACAACCAGUGUUCUCGCGGCACGGAUAUUCCAGUCUCUAGACGGGGCACUCGGCCAUGCCGGGUGGCGCUGGAUGUACGUCGUGGGUUUCGUCAUGACUAUACCCGUAGCAGUUUGGGGAUUUGUCAGUUUCCCUGGGACACCCAGGGAUGGAAAGCGUUGGUUCUUCACAGACGAAGAGUUCUCCCUCGCAAGGGAGAGGAUGCGUCAAGAGGGGCGCCUUGAAUCUAAGGGGAUCAACUUGUCCCUCGUUUCCGUCAAGCGAUUCCUUGGACGCUGGCACUUUUGGGUCCUGGUUCCAUGGAACGUCAUGUGGCUCCUGGGAUAUAUGUCUAUGACAAGCGGGGGACCUCUUCUCUGGCUGAAGUCCAAUGAGCAGUAUUCCACCCCUCAAGUCAACAACUAUAGUGCCAUUUACCCGAGUCUCGGUAUCCUGUUCAUCUGGUCUAUCUCUUGGACUGUGGAUAAGGGCGGUCAAGAUGCCAUUGUACCCAUCAUCGGCGGUGUCUGCUUAGUACAUUUUGUGGCCAAAUUUGCCUGGAUUCUUUACGACGAGACUUCCUUCAGCUUCAAAUGGUUCGCCAUAGCAAUAAGCUACAUCGAGGUGUCACUAUCCCCCAUCAACUACAGCGUCGCUAACAUUGCGUGUGCCGCCGAUGCCGAGGAACGGGCGUUCAUAAUCAGUUCCAUGCUUGCCAUAGGCACUGCAUUCAACUGCUGGGUCCCCCUCCUGGCUUUCCCCACCGUCCAGGCCCCUCGGUUCUUCCGCGGAUACAUCACCGAAGCUGUCCUACAGGUCACGUAUGUUUGUUGGACCAUCGGUGUAAUUUGGAUGGCUAAGAGGGACGAGAAGCGUAAAGGUGAGUCUGAAAGUGUCCCCGAGAACUCCAAUUCGGCUUGA